AUGAAAUUAUAUUUAAAUUUAUUUGAUUUUGAUCAAUUAUUAAUUUCAAUUCAAAUUGGAUCUAUAGAAGCAACUUGUAUUAGUCACACAUUAAACACAGUAUAUCAAUGGUCAAUACAUUAUUUACCUAAAUGGAUCAAUUCUUCCUGUCAAUGGAUGCAUAAAAUUCAUUAUUCAUUACAACAAACAAAUACUUCUGUAAUUAUAUUCAAUGAUGGAGUGCAAUGUGAAACAAUAUCAUGCUUACCAACAUUAAUAUUUGAUUGUUUAACUCAAACAUCCACUCGAAUAUAA